UCGCGUUGUGCGCGCUGAAUCGCUAGUUUCACUCGAGCUUUCUGUUGGGUUUGUUGUGCAGGCGGUUUAUUUUUUAUCGACUGACAAUUGUUUAUCGGGUCGUGACAACGUACCUAGACAAUCGUUUGUGUUCUAGUGUUUUUUAGACAGAUGUUUUAUUCUUUGGAAUAAUCUUCCCGAAAUGUUGACCAACACCUCUACCCGUAAUCCUUCAGAGUCUGCUAGAGAAGACAGAAGUAAAUGCACUACGAGUGGCAAUUCUUUGAAAUGUUGCCAAUUCAAUGAUUCUCAAACAUCCUUGUCAACAGACGGAAAAGACGUGACAUGUGAAACAAAGGACAUUUUCAUAAGUCCUUUGGAAGAAAACUGCAACAAUAAUAAUUUCCAUAUCAUAGAGCGGAGUAUGAAAAACGAUCACGUUUUCCUCAAGAAACAGGCCAUAGAUUUGGAAUUUGAAAAUAUCACUUUCACUUCGACUUCCUGGUCGUUCACAAAAUUGAGGAAGGAAACGAAAAAAAUUCUCCAUGGCGUUUCAGGACAGUUUAAAUCAGGUGAAUUAUCAGUUAUUAUGGGGCCCUCUGGAGCUGGAAAAAGUACUUUGCUCGACGUUCUGGCUGGAUUCAAAACACGCGGCAGUACCGGCACGGUCAAAUUGAACGAUGUUGUGAGAACUCACAGCCCACGGUUUAGAAAGUUAUCCGCCUAUAUCCCGCAAGAUGAAGAGCUACGUUUGGCUUUGACUGCGAAGGAGGCCAUGACAUUUGCUGCUCACCUCAAACUGGGUUACGGCGUUUCUAAUGAGUAUAAAAUGCAACAGGUUUCAGAAAUACUAGAACUACUAGGAUUGGAUCGAUGUCAGUUCACAUUAACCUCAAGAUUGUCAGGCGGACAAAGAAAAAGAUUAGCGGUCGCAUUAGAAUUGCUUAGUAACCCUCCAAUAUUGUUCCUAGAUGAACCCACUACGUAAGUUAUCUGCUUGCUU